GGCGCCUAAGCGGCCCCGGCUCUGCGGCAGCGCCGCCUCCUCCGCGUCGCAGGCCGGCGGCCGUGGCCAUGUCGCGGGGCUGGUAGCUGGGCUCGGCGCCGGGCUGCCGCUAGUUUAAACUUAAACGAUCGCUCUCCGAGGAGGAGGGGACCCAUCGCGCGAUUGACAGUCUAUUCCUGCAGGCGCCGUCCCACAGCCCCCACCCCACGGCCGGAUUCCCGUGGCUCCGCUCCGAGCUGAAACCCGAGAAGAAAUCCUUAGAUCUCUUUUCUUUACAACAAAUACGAACCGAGAAACCAUCGGCAUUUUGCCUUGGCGUUUCCUAUUGGAAAGAUGAAGAAGUUUUUCGACUCCAGGCGGGAGCAGGGCAGCUCUGGCCUGGGCUCAGGCUCCAGCGGAGGAGGGGGCAGCAGCUCAGGCCUGGGCAGUGGCUACAUCGGAAGGGUCUUUGGCAUCGGGCGGCAGCAGGUCACCGUGGACGAGGUGCUGGCGGAAGGUGGAUUUGCUCUUGUCUUUCUGGUGAGAACAAGCAAUGGGGUGAAAUGUGCCUUGAAACGUAUGUUUGUCAACAAUGAGCAUGACCUCCAGGUGUGCAAGAGGGAAAUUCAGAUCAUGAGGGACCUAUCAGGGCACAAGAACAUUGUGGGCUACAUUGAUUCUAGUAUCAACAAUGUAAGCAGUGGCGACGUAUGGGAAGUUCUCAUUCUCAUGGACUUCUGCAGAGGAGGCCAGGUGGUAAACCUGAUGAACCAGCGUCUACAAACAGGCUUUACAGAGAAUGAAGUCCUGCAAAUAUUCUGUGACACCUGUGAGGCUGUUGCCCGCCUACAUCAGUGCAAAACUCCUAUUAUCCACCGGGACCUGAAGGUUGAGAAUAUCCUCUUGCAUGACCGAGGCCACUAUGUCUUGUGUGACUUUGGAAGUGCCACCAACAAAUUCCAGAACCCACAGGCCGAGGGAGUCAAUGCAGUAGAAGAUGAGAUUAAGAAAUACACAACACUGUCCUAUCGAGCUCCAGAAAUGGUCAACUUGUACAGUGGCAAAAUCAUCACUACGAAGGCAGACAUUUGGGCUCUUGGCUGUUUGUUAUAUAAAUUAUGCUACUUCACUUUGCCAUUUGGAGAGAGCCAGGUGGCAAUUUGCGAUGGAAGCUUCACAAUUCCCGAUAACUCUCGGUAUUCUCAAGACAUGCAUUGCCUUAUUAGGUAUAUGUUGGAACCAGACCCUGACAAAAGGCCGGAUAUUUACCAGGUUUCUUACUUCUCAUUUAAACUACUCAAGAAAGAAUGCCCAAUUCCAAAUGUACAGAACUCUCCCAUUCCUGCAAAACUUCCUGAACCAGUGAAAGCGAGUGAGGCAGCUGUGAAAAAGACCCAGCCAAAGGCCAGACUGACAGAUCCCAUUCCCACCACAGAGACUUCAAUCGCACCCCGCCAGAGGCCUAAGGCUGGGCAGACUCAGCCAAACCCAGGAAUCCUUCCCAUUCAGCCAGCCCUGACUCCUCGUAAGAGAGCCACCGUUCAGCCCCUACCUCAGGCUGCAGGACCCAGCAAUCAGCCUGGCCUUCUAGCCAGUGUUCAACCUAAAGCUCAACCUACACCCAAUCAACCUCUUCAACAAUCUCAGCCCAAGCAGCCACAAGCUCCACCCACCCCACAGCAGACACCUUCUAACCAGACCCAAGGUCUGCCCACCCAGGCCCAGGCCACUCCCCAGCACCAGCACCAGCUCCUCCUCAAGCAGCAGCAGCCACAGCAGCAGCAGCAGCCACAGCAGCAGACAGCCCAACAGCCAACAGGCACCUUUUACCAGCAGCAGCAGCAGCAGCAACAGCAGCAGCAGCAAGCUCAGACGCAGCAGUUUCAGGCAGCACAUCCAGCAGCCCAGCAACCAGUCACUGCUCAGUUCCCUGUGGUAUCCCAGGGAGGCUCUCAGCAACAGCUGAUACAGAACUUCUACCAGCAGCAGCAACAGCAGCAGCAGCAGCAGCAGCAGCUGACUCAGCAGACUGCCCUGCAGCAGAAGACUGCUGUGGUAGUACCACAGCCUCAGGCACAGCCGGCCACAGCCCCACAGCCAGCCGCUGCCCAGGAGCCUGCGAUUCAAGCUCCACCAAGACAACAGCCAAAGGUUCAGACAACUCCACCUCCAACCACCCAGGGUCAGAAAGUUGGAUCUCUCACUCCUCCAUCAUCCCCCAAAACCCAACGUGCUGGGCACAGGCGGAUUCUCAGUGAUGUAACCCACAGUGCAGUCUUUGGGGUUCCUGCCAGCAAAUCAACCCAGCUGCUCCAGGCAGCUGCAGCUGAGGCCAGUCUCAAUAAAUCUAAGUCUGCAACCACCACUCCCUCAGGCUCUCCACGGACCUCGCAGCAGAAUGUCUCCAGUGCUUCUGAAGGUUCAACAUGGAAUCCUUUUGAUGAUGACAACUUCUCAAAACUCACAGCUGAAGAGCUGCUCAACAAAGACUUUGCCAAGCUCGGGGAAGGAAAGCUUCCUGAGAAGCUGGGUGGCUCAGCGGAGAGUUUGAUCCCAGGCUUCCAGUCAACACAAGGAGAUGCUUUUGCCACUUCCUCCUUUUCUGCUGGAACUGGUCUCCAGAGAGAGCCCAGUCCUUGUCCUGUAAUUACUGUAGAGCACUUUAAAGAACCCGUGGGUGCCAAAGGCCUCGCCCUCUAUCCAGAUUCCUGCAGAGUUCCUGGAACAAAGGCCCAGAACACCUUAGAGUCUGAUUCCCUGGCCCGAGAGGGCCCUUCCAGCAAUAGCUCCUUCCAUAGCAGCGAGGAGGAGGGCACCGACCUGGAGGGGGACAUGUUGGACUGCAGCGGAUCUCGGCCUCUCCUUCUGGAGUCUGAAGAGGAGGAGGAGAGCUGCAGGCCACCCCAGGGGAAGCUGGGAGAAGCCACUCUGUUCUCCGAGUCUGGAGUGUCUGCUGAGCCAGAAAAGGGGGAACAAGGCGGGAAAAAGAGCCAGUUCUUACCAAUCAACCAGCAGGCCUCAGAUGGUCUCGGAGAGCCGGAUGUCUUUGCCACAGCACCCUUCAGGAGCUCGCUGGUUCCAGCACAUGACAUGGACAUUUUCUCCAAAGCCCCUUUUGUCUCCAAGGGCAGUGUAGCUCCUUCUCAGACAGAGGAGAUGGAUGUGUUCUCCAGAGCUCCUUUUACCAAGAAGAGGAGCGUGGAGGAGUUACUGGCCGUGCAGGGCUCCUCACAGGAUUUGCCGACGCAGGCCGGCCUCGGUCAGCCUGGUGAAGGGCCCCUGCUUCCAGGCCGCGAUAGAGCCGUGUACACCCCUGCCCAGGCACAGUACCCUAUGACUGGCUUUGCUCAGCAGGCCGCUCUCCCCUCCCACACUGUCCAGGUGGCAGACCAUUUUGACAGCAGCUCUCCGAGGGGAUCUCCCAUGGAAUCCGGGAGUCAUCCUAGUGACAGAAACAGAGGACUGCAGCCCCAGAAAGAAGCCUUUUCUGGGCCGGUGGCUGGCAAGCCAUUCCGCCCCCAGGCUUUAUCCAAAUAUUCCCGACACUAUAGUCCAGAAGAUGAGCCAAGUCCAGAAGCGCAGCCCAUCGCUGCCUACAAGAUUGUCUCACAAAGCAAUAAGCAGCUGCUAGCUGGCUCUGUGUCUGUCACAUCUCUGUCCUCCAGGACUACAGAGCUGCCCGCCGCCGCUGCUGCCGCCGCCGCUGAUCCUUUUGCUUUAGCGCCCUUUCCUUCAAAGGCAGGCAAACAGAAACCCUAGGAGCAGAGAGCAGCCCGAGGCCUGCCUCCACCCACCCCACCAGCACCCACCACACCACUCCUGGCUGGCCUUUCAGGGACUAUCCGCUGUGACCCUGCAGUCACUGCCUCAGAGCAGAAUCACUUCAAGGCAACUAGUGGAGCUGCUGUGAGACUCGGCCCAAGCUCUUUACGUUACACUUUCUGCUUUUGUUUAUGCUCAUUUCUGGGCGCCUUCCACCUGCACCCAGAACUCUGAUUCUUUUCUGCCCAGAACCCUUUUUAAUCCAGGAAUAUUUUACCCCCAGUUCACAGGGGCUGUAUUGCACCACAGCUUGGAAUGCCUGCAGCUCCUGUUGGGAGUCACUUGAACCCAAGAGUCAGAAUGAAUCCCUCCAGGACUCUACAGAACUCUUGGAACAGAGAGAUUUCCCGAUAAAAAGAGCAAUAUCAGUCUCCUGCACAUCUGAAGAAGUUAAUCCUUCAGCCUCUCAUCAUUCAUUCCUGUGGAGCCAGCAGCUCUCAGAGGAUUCUGGGAUCUGUCACUGAGUCUGUAUGAGUCAAGCUGGCCCUGUGCACAAGUGUCUGGGUGCAUGGUGUGGGUCAGAUUCUCUGUCAUGUAAAAGAGCACACAGGUGGGAAAAGCUCACUGUGCCCUCCCAUAGUCUCCUUUUUAGACUAGUAUGGAUACAUGCGUGUGCAUGCAUACAAGCAACCUUUUUCCUCCGAGGGAAACCACCA